AUGAGCGAUGCAUGCCAAAGGUCUCGGCGACCAAAUGGACGACCAGAAGCUUGCGACCCAUGUCGUGCACGCAAAGUCGCGUGUGAUCACAGACGACCCAUUUGUAUGCGAUGUCAGAGAAGAGGAGAUAAUUGUGUCUACACAGCAUCAUCACCAGUGUCACGAGUCAAAGCUUCGAUUCAGCCACGUCCAGGUCUCUCACCCCAACCUGCCAAACCUAUGACACGAGACUACGCGUUCAGUCCAGGCUACCUUGGUUUUACAAGUUACACCUCGGUCUUCCAAGGAGCCCGAGAGAGUCUGUCUGUUUCUGACACAGGCUCUGAAUUUCCCAGCCCGGAGGUAUCAAGUCCUGGGAAUGAUGAUGUUUGUUUACGCAGCUUGCCUUUGCCGACACAGCAAAUGUGCCUUGUUGUACUACAGUAUCUCCCGGGACGACCAGAAGCACAUAUGAUUUUUUAUGACGAACCUGGCCCUGAAAACACCACGACUUGGUCUCAUGCGGCUGUAUCAAGAAUCAUUAUAUCGCUGCGGCAGCUUUUUCAAAGUUUUGAGGACAGCGAAUGCUUUGAUGAGCAGGUUGCUGAUGUCCUGUGCCGUAACACUUCAAAGCCUGUUAACGAUACCUUCGAUAGGUUUGAUGACUGGAUAGACCAGUUCUCUGGGCCGAACAUUCGAUGGGAAUCGAUAGGUCUUCUGUGGGCUCAUCUCGAAGGUCUUUCAGAUGCAAUAUCGACCCUGAAACAUCGUCAGCUUCAAUGGGCUGAAGGCAAGCGAUCGUCUGUGAUCUCGCACGAUCACAUACACUAUUGCAUUGAGAUCGCACGCCAUUUCACAGCUGGUAAUGGUAUGCUCCUUGAUCUCUGUCGAAGACAGGCAGCUCUUGGAACUAUGGUUUAUGGCGAUGCUAGCCCUGUUUACUGGAACUCACACAGUCUGUGUGUCUCAAUGCUUCUAUUUAUGGGCCUUCACGCUUCAGGAGAGGCAUCGAGACCUCAAGUACGACCCGAGAAACCUUCAUUUUGUGUCGAACAUAAGCGUUUGCUCUACAGUUACAUUUUUGCAAAUGACAAAUCCGAGGUCUCCUUUACUGGCAGGCCACCACUACUAAGUCGUCGCUAUUGCUCAUCAGUACCACCUUUGGAUUUGCCAGACAGCUGUAUGGUAUCUGAGGACACACUGAUAGAAGAGUUCAACGCUCUGGAUGAUAACGGUUGGAAUACAAAGUGUGAGAUUUCCAGCAACAGUUACAUACGGGCUCGCUACUUGAUGUCGUAUGUCUUUGACGAGGUGAUAGAAGUGGCACUUGGCAACGAUGCUCAUGUCACGCUUGAAUAUCUUCAAAAUAUCAAAGCCCGAGUGACGCAAACGUUUCUCGAAAUGCCUUCACAUUUGAUUUUCAAAUUCGAAGAUCUAGAUGAUCCACAACUCGACAUAAAUAUUCUAUACCUGAGAAUACUGCUUCAUCUUGCCCAUCGAAAAGAUGUCUUUGUGGUCGAGAGAUUACUUCUCACCCAUGGGGCCAUCGAUGAUGGCUCGUUACUUGCGACUAGUUUCGAUUUAGUCAAGGUAACCGUCAUGCUCUGGAUACAUAAGAAUCGAUUUGCGCCUAUGAGGCGCAACUUUGAAUGGCUUCUGGUAGCGUACGGAGCACUAGGAGGAGGAAUUCUCUGUCAAGAACUACUUCGGCCAACCUUCUUUGGAGUCCAUCCCUUGAAUCCUGCUCUUUCACGGUCGAAUAUUGUUCAACAACUGAGCUUGCUCGUUGCUUUCCUGAACUGGGUUGGACCCAGCUCGCCAAACAGGGUUGUUUGUGGAGACUGUGAAGCAAUCAUUCAGCGUGUGCUUGAUGAGCAUUUGAACUCCGAACCGGCUGGCAAUACAAACCUGGAGCCGUUGGGUACAGGGGUUCCUCAGUCUUUGAAAUUUGGGUUUGAGUUGUUGAAUACAUUUGAGUGGCUCCAGAAUGGUAUGUAG